UGGCAAAGAAAAAAUAACCUCUAAAUACUUAAAAACCAGAGCCAAAAAACCUUCAUUUCAUUUCACACAAUUAAAGUGACUAACGGUUAGCCGGAUGGAGAUAACUUACGCAUCCUCAAGUCUCUCCGACCUGGUUUCACCGCCGACCAGAACUCCGGCGACUUCUCGGCCAGUUAAAGUCAUUCCGUUCCAGCAUCCUUACGGCGACGGCGGAGACACAACACCGUCGUCUUCUUCUUCAUCCUCAACGACGUCGUUUUCGAAAUGGAGAAGGAGAGUGAAGCAAAUGAAAACAGUAGAUUGGAUAGAUUUCUUACUUCCGUGCUCUAGAUGGAUCAGAAUUUAUAAUUGGCGCGAGAAUUUACAGCCGGAUGUUAUCGCCGGCGUUACUGUCGGUAUUAUGCUUGUUCCUCAGUCUAUGUCGUAUGCAAAGCUCGCCGGACUUCAACCAAUAUAUGGACUUUAUACCGGACUAGUGCCUGUCUUUGUGUAUUCCAUAUUUGGGUCAUCUCGCCAGCUUGCUGUUGGUCCAGUAGCAUUGGUUUCUCUACUGGUCUCUAAUGUUCUUGGCAAUGUUGAUUCAUCCACCGAAUUAUAUACAGAACUUGCAAUAUUGUUGUCACUCAUGGUUGGCAUUCUAGAAUGCACGAUGGGACUGUUAAGGCUUGGAUGGCUCAUACGCUUUAUCAGCCGCUCUGUAAUAUCUGGCUUUACAACUGCUUCAGCUUUUGUUAUAGCCUUAUCACAAGCAAAAUAUUUCCUGGGAUACGAUGUGGACAGAAGUAGCCAAAUCAUUCCGUUGGCCAAGAGUAUAAUCUCAGGAGCAGAUCAGUUCCAAUGGCCUCCUUUCUUGAUGGGAUCUUUUAUCCUAGCAAUUAUUUUGGCCAUGAAGCAUUUGGGGAAAACAAGGAAGAAGUUGCGGUUUCUGCGAGCAGGCGGUCCCCUCACUGCUGUUGUUCUGGGUACAGCCUUUGUGAAAAUAUAUCAUCCCUCUUCCAUUACUUUGGUAGGAGAUAUACCUCAAGGGCUUCCACCAUUUUCCAUUCCGAAAAACUUUAGUCAUGUGAAGUCUUUAAUCCCAACUUCGUUUCUGAUAACAGGCGUGGCUAUACUGGAAUCUGUGGGGAUUGCCAAAGCCUUAGCAGCAAAGAAUGGAUAUGAAUUAGAUUCUAAUCAAGAGUUAUUUGGCCUUGGUGUGGCCAAUAUUUGUGGAUCUUUUUUCUCAGCAUACCCGUCAACAGGUUCCUUUUCAAGGUCGGCUGUUAAUCACGAAAGUGGGGCAAAAACUGGUUUAUCUGGAAUCAUCAUGGGCAUUAUCAUGGCAUGUGCUCUGUUGUUUAUGACACCACUAUUUGAAUAUAUACCUCAGUGUGCUCUUGCUGCUAUUGUAAUAUCUGCUGUAAUUGGGCUGGUGGAUUAUGAUGAGGCUCUAUUUUUAUGGCGGGUAGAUAAGAAGGAUUUUUUCCUUUGGUCAGUUACUAGUGCAACGACAUUGUUCCUUGGAAUCGAGAUUGGUGUCCUUGUUGGGGUCGGUUUUUCUCUUGCUUUUGUGAUCCAUGAGUCAGCAAAUCCACAUAUUGCUGUGCUGGGGCGACUUCCAGGGACAACUGUCUACCGUAACAUCCAACAAUAUCCAGAAGCAUAUACAUACAAUGGUCUUGUAAUUGUUCGUAUUGAUGCACCUAUCUAUUUUGCAAAUACAAGCUAUAUAAAAGACAGGCUACGGGAGUAUGAAAUUGUAGUUGAUCAAUCAAGCAAACGUGGACCAGAAGUUGAAAGAAUAUAUUUUGUAAUUUUGGAAAUGGCGCCUGUUACUUAUGUUGACUCCAGUGCAGUUCAAGCACUAAAAGAGCUUUACCAGGAAUACAACUCAAGAGACAUCCAGAUAGCUAUUGCCAACCCAAACAAAGAAGUGCUUUUGACGCUAGCAAAAUCUGGAUUCAUUGAUCAAGUUGGUAAAGAGUGGUGUUUUGUCCGAGUCCACGAUGCUGUUCAAGUUUGCCUUCAACAUGUACCUAAUCCAAACAAUUCACCUAAAAUACCCCAUUCAUCUACCGACGAAAGCUCCAGAUUCUUAGAAAGAUUAGGAACUCGAAGAAAGGAAGAUUUAUCGACAUCUGAAAUGGAGUCGGGAGAAAGAGUUCCCAUAAUAUCCAAAGAUUCUGACCCUCAAUUGGAACCCUUGCUACCAAGGAAAUCUCACUAAUGCAUAUGCUGUGGCAAAUCAUAUAUACUACUAUUCAUGUGCGUUGAAGCUAAAAGAUAUUCUUGUGAGCUCAACAUUUCAUGACAGUUCUUUCUAGCAAUUUGUAGUAGUUUCUGUAAGUUAUCGUGUUGUGCAUGCGAUCGUAUAUAUUCUGCUGUGAUUAUUGUCACAGUUCUAGCCCAACAUUUUGAGGGUGAUCAUUGGUGUAUAUUCGUGAAAAUACAUUUAUGUAAUUAAACAAUUUUUGAUGAAAUGUUAUAUAUAUUGAUUA